UAUGCCGUGCGGGAGGUGGACGGCCUCUUUGACGUGUGGGAAGAUGCCAAGCAGCGGCUACUCAUGGAGGACAUCAUUAUCUUGGGUGACUAUAACGCUGGCUGCAAUUACGUGAAGAGUACGCACUGGCCCAUGAUCCGUCUUCGUCAUGAGCCCAGCCUGCAGUGGCUGAUUGGUGAUAAUGCAGACACCACUGUGAGCACCAACACCAACUGCCCAUAUGACAGGAUUGUAGUUGGUGGAUCAAGUCUACAGAACUCAAUUGUCCCAGGCUCAGCAAAGGUUUUCAACUACCAGGAGUCAUAUGGACUCACUUAUGAGGAGGCCAAGGCAGUUUCUGAUCACUAUCCAGUGGAGGUGGAACUACAUAAAGACUCAUCAUACGAUGGCCAGAAGUACGGGCUCGGCUCUGAACUUGGGAUAAGCGGAGGACUUUCCCUGAAUGGAGUCUGUGACUGUGCGGGGGUAGAUUUCUCAUCCUGUGUGGGGCGCUGUGGUGCCAGCGGGAAGACAUUUCCAUGUAACUGUAAUGCAUCAUGCACCUCCUACAGUGACUGUUGUGCUGACUAUCGGGCUGCCUGUAUUAUAUAA